AUGGCUACGACCGUGCUCCACUCCAAUGCCAGACCGCAUGCUGAUCCUCGACACGUCGAUCCCAGUGGCCUUACUGCACGCUUGACACCCAUGAUGAACUCUGGCGAAACACAAUCCAUCUCCAUUGAGCAUCAACGCCAGCAACCUACCAUCGGGGUACCCCACUAUCCUACACACACACGCACACCUUCUGCGUCGACUGCCUCCACCACUGCCAGCACCUCAGAAGCCUUGCCCACCCCACCAAACACUGCCUCUCGAUCACAAGCACCCCAUAUUCGUUUUCGAGGAGCAUCAGAUGCCCAUCCUCAACACGUACGCAAUGAUGACCCAGGAACAGAAUCAUCGCCGCAGCCUCCCUUGCGAGACGGCCAGCAAACUGACAUCCCACCGCCAUCGCCGCGCCUACAACCCACCUACUCCACAUUGUCCUUGAGCAAUCAAUCACUCGCCAACUCACCGAGUAAGAUAAGAGUACGCGAUCUUGGUCACAUACAAAGUUUUGCAAGCGAAGACCUUCUGACAAGAUCUCGACAUCCUUCGAGACACUCGCUAAGGGGAAGAAUAGAAGGCGGGCAGCAAUACGAGAUCAGUUCGAUGCCCGUGGCAGACAUCAUCGAGAUGGUUGCGGGGCUGUUGACUAAGAUCACCACAAACAAUGACCUGCAGCAUGAACAUCUACAGCGGCAUGUUCCCCCGGAUGGUUCCUCCAGCCUUACGCCUCAAGCAUCCAGUGUUCUCGCUUUUCAUGGCAAGAAUGUACCGAGCAUUACCAUCGCUAGCUAUCUCAUGCGCAUACACAAAUACUGCCCUACCACAUAUGAAGUCUUCCUUAGCCUGCUGAUCUAUUUCGACCGAAUGACAUCGGAAAUCAACAAGGAAUCUCAACCAACCUUUGCGGAGGCUGAACGGCGUCGACAACAAGCUGCGAGAACAGGAAGCACAGAUUCAAGCGCUACAGUGCGGCCAGAUGACGAGAUGUCAACAUCUCCGUCUCCACCACGAUACGCGUCGCCGCAAAGAGACCCAUAUUCAUCCACGGCCCCAGGCAAUGCAGGCUCUGCGUCCAACAUGCAUGAUUACGACAGAUUCGUUGUUGACAGCUUCAACAUUCACCGGCUCGUCAUGGCUGGUGUGACUUGCGCAAGCAAAUUCUUCAGUGAUGUUUUCUACACUAAUUCAAGAUACGCAAAGGUCGGUGGCCUCCCACUCGUUGAGCUCAACCAUCUCGAAAUCCAAUUCCUUCUCCUCAACGACUUUCGCUUGUCUAUCCCAAUCGAAGAGCUAGAGGCCUAUGGGACUCUAUUGGUGGAAUUCUACGCGGAAGAGAUAGUAAAGGAGCAACAAGCGCAACAACAGCCUCUGAGCCCUGGUAUGAGGAGUCCUGGCGAUGGAGAGGGGAUAUAUAUGAGGAUGCCUGCAUCGCCCUGA